UUCGAUCUUGUUACCCAGACUGGAGUGCAAUGGUGCGAUCUCGGCUCACCGCAACCUCCGCCUCCUGGUUCAGGCAAUUCUGUCUCAGCCUCCUGAGUAGCUGGGAUUACAGGCACGUGCCACCACGCCCAGCUAAUUUUUUGUAUUUUUAGUAGAGACAGGGUUUCACCAUAUUGACCAGGAUGGUCUCGAUCUCUUGACCUUGUGAUCCACCCGCCUUGGCCUCCCAAAGUGCUGGGAUUACAGGCUUGAGCCACUGCACCUGGCCUAGAAAGACCCUUCUGACCAUACCUGUAACCCCAGCACUUUUGGGGGCUGAGGUGGGCGGAUCAUGAAAUGAUAGAAAAUUUUAGUAGAAAAUUUUGUAUUUUUCUACUAAAAAUACAAAAAUUAGCCAGGCAUGGUUGUGGGUGCCUGUUAUCCCAGCUACUCAGGAGGCUGAGGCAGGAGAAUUGCUUGAACCUGAGAGGCGGAGGUUGCAGUGAGCUGAGAUUGUGCCAUUGCGCUCCAGCCUGGGUAAAGAGCAAGACUCCAUCUCACGGGGAAGAGAAACAACGAAAGACACUUUGAGCCUCAGUCUCCCUGCACCGUGCAUUGAGGCUCAGCCCAGCCGUGGGGACUCGGGGCGAGUGGGGCCCUGUGCCUGGUGGUAGAACUCCUGGCCUGGCUGCCUGGAGGCAUGUGAGGCCCACACACCUGCGGGGAGCCGCCCUCACCUGGUGUCCCCUGGCCCCGAGGUUCUGGCUCGCUCCAGCACCUCCCCAGAGUACCUCAGAGCGGGCUGGGCAGUGGGCCAGGCUGAAGUGCAGCAGGCUACCUGGGCAUGGGAGGCCUCACUGAAGCAGACCAAGACAGGACACGUGAAAUGCGGCGGGAGCCAGUGCAGUGGGAAUCAGAGCACGUCUGCCGCCUGUGCCCCCUUCCCGUGCUGGCUGCGGGCACUGGACCCUGGGCCUGGCCUGGGAACCCACAGCUGGGCUCAUGGAUACACCACAAUCCCUACCUCUUCUGUGGGUCACCUGGCCUGUGGCUCCCUAGAGGCCCCGCCGCCUGGAGGGACGCCAGCACAGACCCACCCAGCACAAGGCUGCCCGCAGACUGGGCCAGGCAGGGCCUGGACACCCUGUUCCCUGAGUCCUGCUGCCCCCGCCACCCAGACUCAGCUCCAAGGCCACACUGAGAUGUGCCGGGGUGGGCGCUGAGUGUCUGGGGAGAAGCAGGGGUGCAGUGUGGGAGCACCCAGAGGGGCCUAUCAGAGCGUCAGAGCAGGCGGGGCCAGGCACUGGGGGCUGAGGGACAUGACAGGCUCGGGCGGGGGGUGGGGCAGCCUGGGUGGCUGCAGGCUGUGCCCUGCUGAGGCCGCUCUUUGCAUGCAGCCUGGAGCACAGACACCCCCUGGGCCUGGGCCAUCAUCACUGCCAACGCCACCACCCGAGGAAGGGCACGAGGAGGGGCACCAGGAGGGGCUGGUGGAGCUGCCCGCCUCGUUCCGGGAGCUGUUCACCUUCUUCUGCACCAAUGCCACCAUCCAUGGCGCCAUCCGCCUGGUCUGCUCCAGUGGGAACCGCCUCAAGACGAUGUCCUGGGCGCUGCUGUUCCUGGGUGCCCUGGUAGCGCUGUGCUGGCAGCUCGGGCUCCUCUUCCAGCACCACUGGCUCCGCCCGGUCCUCAUGGCCAUCUCUGUGCACUCGGAGCGAAAGCUGCUCCCCCUGGUCACCCUGUGCAACGGGAACCCACGCCGGCCGAGUCCAGUACUCCACCAUCUGGAGGUGCUGGACGAGUUCGCCCAGGAGAACAUCCACUCCUUGUACAAGGUCAACUUCAGCAGAGGGAGAGACACCCUCGCUGCCACCAUUUCCCGCCUUGAUCCCCGCUUCCACCUGGACAGGGAGAUCCGUCUGCAGAGGCUGAGCCACUUGGGCAGCCGAAUCAGAGUAGGGUUCAGACUGUGCAACAGCACGGGCAGUGACUGCUUCUACCGCAGCUACUCGUCAGGCGUGGCGGCCAUUCGGGACUGGUACCACUUCCACUAUAUGGACAUUCUUGCCCUGCUGCCUGUGGCGUGGGAGGACAGCCACGGGAGCCACAGGAGCCAUGAUGGCCACUUUGUCCUUUCCUGCAGUUACGACAACAAGGACUGCCAGGACCGGCAGUUCCGGACCUUCCACCACCCCACCCAUGGCAGCUGCUACACCAUUGAUGGCAUCUGGACAGCCCAGCACCCCGGCAUCACCCACGGAAUUGGCCUCGUCCUCAGAGUUGAGCAGCAGGCCCACCUCCCCUUGCUGUCCACACAAGCUGGCAUCAAGGUCAUGGUCCACAGCCACAACCACAUGCCCUUCCUGGAGCACCACAGCUUCAGCAUCCGGCCAGGGACAGAGACCACCAUCAGCAUCCGAGAGGUGCACUGGCCUCUGAAGCCUGGCCUCCAGCCCAGCUUGGGCUUUGGGGGGUGGGGGCAGGGCCUCAGGGCAGGACCCCUGGAACUGAAGUGUCUCUCCCAGGACGAGGUGCACCGGCUCGGGGACCCUUACGGCCACUGCACUGCAGGUGGGGAGGGCGUGGAGGUGCAACUGCUGCACAACGCCUCCUACACCAGGCAGGCCUGCCUGAUGUCCUGCUUCCAGCAGCAGAUGGUGGAGACCUGCUCCUGCGGUUACUACCUGUACCCGCUGCCGGCUGGGGCUGAGCACUGCAGCUCAGCCCGUCACCCUGCCUGGGGGCACUGCUUCUACCGCCUCUACCAGGACUUGGAGACCCACCAGCUCCCCUGUGCCUCCCGCUGCCCCAGGCCCUGCAGGGAAUCUGCAUUCAAGGUCUCUGCUGGGACCUCCAGGUGGCCUUCCGCCAAGUCGGCUGACUGGACUCUGGCUGCACUUGGUGAGCAGGGACUGCCACGUCAGAGCCACGGGCAGAGGAGCAACCUGGCCAAAAUGAACAUUGUCUACCAGGAGCUCAACUACCGCUCAGUGGAGGAAGCGCCCCUGUACUCGGUGCCGCAGCUGCUCUCCGCCAUGGGCAGCCUCUGCAGUCUGUGGUUUGGGGCCUCUGUCCUCUCCCUCCUGGAGCUCCUAGAGCUGCUGUUGGAUGCUUCGGCCCUCACCCUGCUGCUGGGUGGCCGAAGACUCCGCAAGGCGUGGUUCUCCUGGCCAAGGGCCCGCCCUGCCUCGGGGCUGUCUAACAUCAAGCUAGAAGCCAGCCAGAUGCCCACACCUGCAGGUGGGACGUCAGCCAUCCAGGGCCUAGCGGGCCUCAUCUCCCAUGGAUGGUGCUUCACAGGCUCUGGCAAGAGUCUCAACCAAAGAGAGCUGGGCUAGGCCCCAGCCCCUUGAGACCCAACACCUGAACGGCCCCGCCAGGGCUCUCUCAUCUCUUAGCCUGGUCCUCGGAGCUGUGGCGGAAACAGGCUGCCUGGCUGCCCAGACCAGCGGCUAGAGCAGCACACGUGGCCCGUGGGCAGGCAGGCGCCGGACAUGUCAGGGCCUCCGACCAACCACCCACCCUGCUUGGGUUGGGUCUCCAGGAGGCCCAGGGCAGAGGGGGGUUUCCCAUGUGCACGAGUGCAGCUGGAGGUACUGACGUGCAGUGGUGCACCCGUGUGCAUGUCUGUGUUUCUGCGUGUCCAAAUGUCUGACGCACCUACCGGUCUGCCUGUGUGUCCACACAUCUGACGCGCCUGUGUGCAUGUCUGUCUCUGAAUGUCCACGUCUGAUGCGCCCGUGUGCGUCUGUGUCUCUGCAUGUCCACGUCUGACGCACCUACGUUUGUGUCCACAUGUCUGAUGCACCCAUGUGCAUGUCUGUCUCUGCGUGUCCACACGUCUGGCGUGCCCAUCUCUGUGUCCACACAUCUGACAUGCCCGUGUGCGUGUCUGUGUCUGCCUGUCCACACGUCUGAUGUGCCCAUGUGCGUGUGUCAGGUGUUGCCACCUCAGCCACAGCUUCUGUGGAGGCAGAAGGCAGGGGGCGCCCAAGGACACACACGGUGGCUCGGGCUGCUCUGAAAUAAAGCUGCUGACUGCACCUGGUGGCCAGUGUGUGCCUGUGCGCCUCUCCAGCAACCCCGUGCCAGGGAAACUGAAACCCUGACCGCACCUGUGGCCGCAGCAGCCACCCUGGGCAGAGGGCCCGGGACAGGAGCAGCCCCAGCCUGG